AUGGCGUCUGCGGCCUUUCCAGUACUCGCGCCUCUGGAACCUCCCCAAACCACAAUUGAAAGCCCCUUUCGAGUACACUUCCGACACCCAGCUUAUCCAGACAACGCGCCUCCGCUACUGGCUCUCUUUGCUAUAAACGGGGUUCUCGACUACGACUUGGCUCUUGUUUGCUGUUGUAUCCUCGCGGCAGUAAACUGGGACAAGGGAUACUUGGCUGUUAGACAACAAGGUUCGUUGUUUGAAAAAGUCCAGCGCCCAUCGGAUGGCCUAUUGCGCGGCAGGGAGUAUUUUUUUUGUUUGGAGGAUGUUGCUGUCUCUGGUAAGCACCCUCUGGCCACCUCCUUCUGCCCAUUUCCUUGGUCAUCUGUUGCACCCUUCGCUAAUAUAGCAUCGUAUGUUCAAGAGAAAUACCCAAUCGUACAUUCGUUCCACAACUGGCGGUUCCCACAUGACAACCUGCCACCACAAUGGGCGCGCCUCGACGUACCCGAGUACAGACCGCCGCAAUUGUUAAAAGGGCCUUCGGUGAUUGUGGUUCGUGAUGGAAGCUGUCGCAUUUCGGGCUUCACAAAUGCGGUUGAACUGGCGCAUUUAAUACCGGUAAAGGAGAAAAAAUGGUUUACUUCGAACGGCAUAUCAAGUAUGCAUCAAAUUAUGUCGGACGAUCGGAAUAUAUUAUUAUUGCGCAGCGACCUGCACCAUCUCUUUAAGACACGGCGUAUUGCCCUGGUCCCAAAACUAGUCGAUAUGGACACAUCUUUGCCUCCCCAGUUACUCGGCCAUAUCCUGAAGCCAAGAGCCUCAACGCAACUUAUCCCACUGUACCACAACCGCUUUUUGCAGCAUGUCCAGGGGUUAAGUAAAGAGUUCCUGUUUGCCAGGUUUGCUUGGUCUCUGUUUACAGACGAGCGCAUCCCAUUUGUUGCAUGGUCCGGCAUGUUUAAUAUUUUUGUAUGGAACAGAAUUACAAAUCUGGUUGAGCAGCGGGUUUGUACGAGUGCAGACGUCUCUUCCUUCUCCCAAGUGUUCGCAUUCUCAACCAGGUCUCAAAACCGGAGUGUCAGCCCCAAAAAGAGACAAAUGGUGGAUGAUCUUGGGUGGGGCUACAGUGAUUGUACCUCAUCGGAUGGUGAAGAUACGUGGGGCAACGAUGGCUAUAUCGACGAUUCACCUUUUGAACAGGAUGCACCAAGAGGUCGGCCAUUAUUUCGGACGUCCGUGCGCCGAAGCAUGCCAAAAAAACGCCGCUUUCAUGAAGAUUGCGCUACGCAAUUAAUGUUACCACUGCCCAUCUGCCGGGAUAUGAUCAAAAAGGAGUUCAAGAUGAAACAAGACAUGUGA